CCGCAGCCCGAGCGCAUCGCUGUGCUCCAGCAUGCAGUUCAUGCAGCGUCAUUGUGAGAGUGAGUGAAGUUCUGGAUUCUGCUUGAAAUCAGAGGAGAUACGAGGAAAUCCCAGCGCAGACCGACCUGCUCCGCUUCAGCCCGGCCCAGAGACACGGAGCCAUGCCAGUGUUCACAGUGAAUGUGAAAUGGGGGAAGGAGAAGUUUGACGCGGUGGAGCUGAACACAGAGGAACCGCCCAUGGUGUUUAAAGCCCAGCUCUUCGCUCUGACAGGCGUCCAGCCCGAGAGACAGAAAGUGAUGAUUAAAGGAGGAACGCUGAAGGAUGAUGAGUGGGGAAAUAUCAAAUUAAAAAAUGGGAUGACGCUGCUGAUGAUGGGUUCUGCGGAGGCUCUGCCGGAGGAGCCGGCGGUGAGGCCGAUGUUUGUAGAGGACAUGACUGAGGAGCAGCUCGCCUCAGCCAUGGAGCUGCCGUGUGGACUGACGAACCUGGGGAAUACCUGCUAUAUGAACGCCACAGUGCAGUGCCUCCGCUCUGUGCCUGAGCUUAAAGAUGCUCUGAGGAGGUAUUCAGGUGCGUUGCGAUCCUCAGGGGCGAGCGCUCCAUCCCAGUACAUCACAGCAGCUCUACGAGAUCUGUACGAGUCUAUGGAUAAAACCUCCGCCAGCAUCCCUCCAAUCAUCCUGCUGCAGUUCCUGCACAUGGCCUUCCCACAGUUCGCUGAGAAAGGAGAGCAGGGCCAGUACCUCCAACAGGAUGCUAACGAGUGCUGGGUCCAGGUAAUGCGGGUUCUCCAGCAGAAAUUAGAACCUGUAGAACCUGAAGCCCCAAUGGAGACAGGUGAUGGUGAGGGUGGAGCUGCAGCUUCAACCACAAAGAAGAACUUCAUCGAUCAGUUUUUUGGGCUGGAGUUUGAUACUACUAUGAAGUGUACAGAGUCGGAGGAGGAAGAGCCCACUAAAGGCUCGGAGAGUCAGCUCCAGCUCAGCUGCUUCAUCAACCAGGAGGUCAAAUACCUGGCAACCGGCCUUAGAUUGCGACUGCAGGAGGAGAUUACGAAGUUCUCGCCGUCUCUACAGAGAAACGCUCUGUACAUGAAAUCGUCUAAAAUCAGUCGUCUGCCUGCGUACCUCACGGUUCAGAUGGUUCGAUUCUUCUACAAGGAGAAGGAGUCUGUUAAUGCCAAAGUCUUAAAGGAUGUGAAGUUCCCGCUGAUGCUGGACGUGUACGAGCUGUGCUCCUCUGAGCUGCAGGAGAAGAUGGUUUCAGUCCGAUCAAAGUUUAAGGAGAUGGAGGACAGAAAUCUGGAGAAGCAGCAGCAGCAGAAGAAUGUGAAAAAGAUUGAGGCGCCAAAAGAGGUGAAAUAUGAACCCUUCUCGUUUUCUAAUGAUCUGGGCUCCAAUAACAGCGGUUACUACGACCUGCAGGCGGUUCUGACGCACCAGGGCCGCUCCAGCUCCUCCGGUCACUACGUGGGCUGGGUGAAGAGGAAAGAAGACGAGUGGGUGAAGUUUGAUGAUGAUAAGGUCAGCGUGGUGACCCCCGAGGACAUCCUGAAGCUGUCAGGAGGCGGAGACUGGCACAUAGCGUACGUGCUGGUGUACGGGCCGCGGCGUCUGGAGGUUCUGGAGGAGAAACCGCAGCAGUAGCAGCCAAAACGAGCGAGCGACCACCUGACCACACGUACAUAAUGCCAUUUCAAAGCACUGUCUGCAUAGAUGUGCAAUAAAACCCUGGUGUCUUUUUCAAAUCUGACCUUAAUUAUCUGCAGUCAUCUUCAUACAGCUGCUCAGACGCCGCCUGGCCUGCGGGGGGCGCUGCGCUGUGGUUGCUUUAAUUUUUUUAUUUGAUGAAUAAAUUCUCUGGUUUUUGGUUCUCCCCACCCCCACGGAUUUGAGGCAAUCGAAGAACUUGAUCUUGGGCUGGAGGGAGGAGUGAGGAAAGGGUUAUUUCCUAAACUGUUUUAUAUAUAUUACACAUUGUAUAUUUUUUUAAGCGCAAGACCAGGCGUUCAUGCUUCUGUGCUCUCAGCAGUCGGUAGGAGUGUGUGGGUUCUGUAUCUGAGCUGGUGGCGGAAGGGUUUAUACCUGGUUUUAAAAUUGGUUCUGAGUGAUCUGAUCAAAAAUUAUCACUAAAACUUAAAAUCGUUCACGUUCUUUGAGUUGGGUUCUUUAGACUUGAGUCCUCGGUUCAAUUCCUGAUGAGGAACUUGGUUUAGUUUGUGCUCCAGACAAGAGUUCCACCAAGAGUUUAUCUAUUAGCUGGUUGUUGUUGUAGCUUUUAGCUCAGCUAACCAGCUUGGACGGUGGAUGGUGUGGUAUUAGUUAUUACAUAUAGCAUGGGUUUGACUCUGUGGUUGCUGUGGUGUUCAAACUACAAUAACGAUUGGAUUGAGGGAUUAAAAUAUGGUGUUACAUUAAAACUCACCUGUACUUUUUAUUUUACACUUACGACUAAGAUCAGAGGUGCAUGUGACCAUGUUAUUAUUACUGUAGUGUGAACAUCAAAGCACCUCAAUCCAUUUCCAACAGAAAAACCCCGCCCACAUUGAUAAAACAUGUGUAAUACCCGCAAUACCACUCCAUCCACCGCCCAAGCGGGUUAGCUGGGCUAAACUGUACACUAACAGUCUUAAGGAUAAACUUAGCUUGUGUCUUGUAUGAAAUCUGGAAUUGGUGUGAACAGCUGUUUAUUGAUAAUCAUUUGUGAUUGGAUCACCCAGAACGCAGGGGUUUCUGCAGGUUUGCAGGCGAUUUUAAUGGAAAAUAAAAUCCAGCGCAUCCAACAAGAGGGAGGAAACUGAGCGGUCACGAUUUUUCUGGGUCCCAAAAGUGACUAAGGUGUAAUUUUGUGUGCUUGAUGUAACAACAUAUAAUUACGAGACAAAAAAACAACAAAAAAACUGAACCACCUCACCUUCCACCUGUUCACUGAGCUCCGCCCACCAUUCAUCUGCUCCUGACCACCCCGCCACCACCACCACGGCAAAGAACGACAAACUACUAAAGCUCUCUAACACUUCUUUGUUAAGUUAUUGACUGCUGGCUUUUCAUAAUUUGUGAUUUGAACAAACAGCAAAAAACAAAACAAAACAAAAACAGGAAUAAAAUGCCACUUGUGUUUAA